GCUCUACGACGCUGCUAAUAAACACGUCACCCCGAGCUCGGUCCGAGUCAGGCGAAGUGCGCAGCUCCAAAUUGUGUAACUAACAACCGCGGCAUGCUCGCGGAGGCCCGAGGAGUUGUCGCGCGCACUCAGCAGUACCGGAAGGUUUCUGUAGGCGAGUUAUCUGGGUUUUCGGUGCUGGGACGCCUUUGCUGCUGUUUUUCGGAGAGGGGGAACGCGGAGUUGUGCGCGUGAGCCGCUGGAGUGAAGAAAAUUGCCACUUCCAACCGCGCCACCCUCCCUCAUUUGACUCAGUCGCAGGUUUUUCCAAACAUCAGCGUUUUAGGUGAUGGAGGUGAUGGAGGAGGCGUCCGGAGCUCGCUUCUCUCCUGCUAAAGCCCCGGGCAGCCUGAUGAAGUGGAGGAAGAGGGUGAAGUCCGAGUACAUGAGGCUCAGGCAGCUGAAGCGCUUCCGCAAAGCCGAGGAAGUGAAGGCUCUGUUCCUGUCAAACAGGCGUAAGAUUGAAGGAAGGACCGAACUGUUAAACGAGGAGUGGUCCAAGCUCAGGAUCCAGUCCAUCCCUCUGUCCAACGCGAGUGGCUCACUGACCAGCAAGAAGCAGUGCAUGGUGGAGUUUGGCUUUCCAUCAUUCCCCAGCCAGGCAGUUGCCAUGAGACCCCUGACAACCGUUGCCGGGAUACCAUUCAUGUACUCCUGGUCCCCCUUGCAGCAGAACUUCAUGGUGGAGGACGAGACAGUUCUGCACAACAUCCCUUAUAUGGGUGAUGAGGUACUAGAGCAGGAUGAAGCUUUUCUUGAGGAGCUCAUAGAUAACUAUGAUGGUGUCCAUGGGGAUAGAGAUAGAGGCUUCAUAAAUGACGAGAUCUUUAAGGAGCUAGUGGAGGCGCUGAGUCAGUAUUCAGAUCAGGACGAAGAGGAGGAGAGCACAGAGGAAGAGGAGGAGGAAGAAGAGGAGCGAUGCCUGAGGAAGAGCGCAGGAGAGAGUUCAGUGGAGAACAAGGCCGGAUCUCUGGCCUUUAAGAGGAAGCGCAGAAGAGUCGCGGAGGGCACUGAACUUUCUCCCGGUAAGAAAAUCCCUCAUGACAAGAUCUUCACAGCCAUCGCGUCCAUGUUCCCGUACAAAGGCACCACCGAGGAGCUCAAGGAGAAGUAUAAGGACCUGCUGGAGCCUGCGAGUGCUGUGAAGCUUCCUCCUCUCUGUACACCCAACAUGGAUGGCCCUUUCGCCAAGUCCGUGCAGCGAGAGCAGAGUCUGCACUCCUUUCACACUCUCUUCUGCCGCCGCUGCUUCAAAUACGACUGCUUCCUCCACCCAUUCCACGCCUCCCCCAACGUCUACAAGAGGAAGACUAAAGAGAUCCGGAAGGAGACGGAGCCUUGUGGAUUAGACUGCUUUCUACUACAGAAAGGAGCUAAAGAGUUUGCCGAUCAGUACAUGCUGAGGUCACGGAGGUCACGCCGGCGCAGGCGGCAGCCACGCCCUUCCAGCUCGACAGGCCCCGCCCCCUCGGGUUCAGCCGAGGAGAGGAAAGACGGAGAGAGCGACCAUGAGACCACAAGUUCCUCUGAGGGUAACUCUCGGUGUCCUACCCCCACUAAGCUGAGGCAGGGUGAGGAUCUGAUGGUGGAAGGUGAGUCUCCUCUGCAGUGGAGCGGCGCAGACGAGUCACUCUUCAGAGUUCUACACGGCACAUACUACAACAACUUCUGCUCCAUCGCUCGCCUGCUCGGCACCAAGACCUGCAAACAGGUGUACGAGUUUGCCGUGAAAGAGGUUCUGAUCCAUCGAGUUCCUCUGGAAGAUGGAGGCAUCUCCCCCCAGAAGAAGAAGAGAAAACACCGGUUAUGGGCCAAGAUCCAGUUAAAAAAAGAUAAUUCGUCCAAUCAGGUGUACAACUACCAGCCAUGUGACCACCCCGAGCAUCCGUGUGACAGCUCGUGCCCGUGUGUGAUGACCCAGAACUUCUGUGAGAAAUUCUGCCAGUGUGAUCAAGAGUGUCAGAAUCGUUUCCCAGGCUGCCGCUGUAAGACGCAGUGUAACACUAAGCAGUGUCCGUGCUACCUGGCCGUACGCGAGUGUGACCCUGACCUCUGUCUGACAUGCGGAGCUUCAGAUCACUGGGACAGCAAACAGGUUUCCUGCAAGAACUGCAGCAUCCAGAGAGGACUCAAAAAGCACCUGCUCCUGGCUCCGUCAGAUGUAGCGGGAUGGGGAACGUUCAUCAAGGAGCCGGUUCAGAAAAACGAAUUCAUCUCGGAGUACUGUGGAGAGCUUAUUUCCCAGGAUGAAGCAGACAGAAGAGGCCGAAUCUACGACAAGUACAUGUCCAGCUUCCUGUUCAACCUGAACAAUGACUUUGUUGUGGACGCAACAAGAAAAGGGAACAAGAUCCGCUUCGCCAAUCACUCGGUCAAUCCAAACUGCUACGCAAAAGUUGUCAUGGUGAAUGGGGACCAUCGCAUCGGGAUCUUCGCCAAACGGGCCAUACAGCAGGGAGAGGAGCUGUUUUUCGACUACAGGUAUUCUGUAAUGUUCAUUAGGGUUUCAGGUAAACACGAAUCGAUCCGAUUUCAUGGCCUGUUCCACAUCUGGUUUUGUAUUCGUUGUGUAAUGAAUCUUAUCCCAGCCGAUCCAGCGCAUCCUACAAGACACAGGCUUGUUGUAUCUGGUGCUGAAGAAAGUAAAAAACGAUUGUUACUGAUGUUUUAAAAAAUAGUUUGCUCUGUUGUGUUGUUUCCUUCCAAUGAAACUAAACUACACCAUCGCACAUGUGUGUGGUGGCCUGGGGAAUCCAUUCACAAGGUAAAUCUUAGAUAUUUUUUAAUACAUAUAUAUUAUAAAAACAGCCAACACAGUAUGUUGGAUACUUUGCCACCAUAGAAAUAUAUUAAAAUACAUUAUAGGCAGAAAAAAAACAUAAUUUUAGCCAAAACCCAAUUUCAGAAUUCAGCCACAGCGAUGUCCGAUACGAUUUCUCAGACCACGACACAUGUAGAUUAUUCUCUUAUGUCUUUGUGUAAAUGUGUGCUAUAUAUUUUUGGAAACGAUGUUUAAUGGAUGUGUAUAAGUGAACAUUUGACAAAAGUGAAAAUAGAACAUUUUGGUAAAAUGUGCAUGGAAAGCAAGAAAAAAAUGGUUUAAAAAUACAGUUUUUUAUUCAUUGAAUUAUUCAUUCAUUUUUAGUAAGUGUUUUAGUAACUAUAUCCUGGUCUCAGUGGAUCUGGAGUCUAGGCUGUUCUAGAUGGGAUCCAAGUUCACUGUAGGCAAAAACUAAUGACAGGAUAUUCCCUAAAUGAAUCCUAAAGAUUUUGAGGAAAUUUCCUAAAUGAAACCUUACAAUGUUAGAGAAAGUUUUAAAAAUGAAACCUAGCAAACGAUAGACAGUAUUCCUAAACCGAACCUCACAAAAUUUUGAGAAAUUUUGCAAACGAGACCUGACAAAUGUUUGAGAAAAUUCUUAAACGAAGCCUCACAAACAUUACAUAAUAUUCCUAAAACGAAACCUUGCAAAGGUACAAAAUAUUUCCAACCAAAGCCUCACAAACAUUAGAGAAAAUUCUCAAACAAAAUCUCGCAAAUGUGAAAGAACAUUCUUGAAUGAAAUCUCGCAAACGUUAGAGAAAAUUCUUAAACGAAACCUCAUGAAUGUUGGAGAAAACACGUAAACGAAACCUCUCAAAUGGUAGAGAAAAUUCUUAAACGAAACCUUGCAAACGUUAAAGAAAAUUCUUAAACGAAACCUCAAACUUUAGAGAAAAUUGUUAAAUGAAACAAUGCAAACAUUACAGAAUAUUCCCUAACAUAAAAACUGACAAAUGUUACAGAAUUUUCCCAAACAAAACUUCACAAACGUUAGAGAAAAUUCUCAAACAAAAUUCUUAAACGAAACCUCGCAAACGUUAAAGAAAAUUCUCCAAAUUAACCCUUGCAAACAUUACAUAAUAUUGCUAAAACGAAACCUUGCAAAGUGACAGAAUAUUCCCAACCAAAGCCUCAAAAAAUGUUAGAGAAAAUUCUCAAACAAAAUCUCGCAAAUGUGAAAGAAAAUUCUUGAAUGGAACCUCGCAAACGUGAGAGAAAAUUCUCAAACAAAACCUCACAAACGCUGGAGAAAAUUCUUAUAUGAAACCUCGCAAACGUUUGAGAAAAUUCUUAAACGAAACCUCGCAAAUGUUAGAGAAAAUUCACAAACAAAAUUUCACAAACAUUUAGAAAUUUCAAUUUUUUUUUUUACAAAUGUUAGAAAAGAAACUUCUCAAAGAAAAGCUCACUACAAUUUGAGAAAAUGCAACACUUAUUUUUAAUUUUCCAUUUUAAGUUCUCAAAAAAAACUUUGCAAAGUUUCGUGAAAAUUCUUCAAAUUAAACCUUCCCAGUUCACAAAUUCACAAACAAAAUUUCACAAACAUUUAAAAAUUUCCCUAAACUUUGCAAAUGUAAGAAAAAAACCUUCCCAAACAAAACCUCACUACAUUUCAACAUUUAUUUUUAAUUUUCCAUUUUAAUGGAACAUUGCUACGUGUAGAAACAGCCUCAUUUUGAGCAGAACCGCUUUCUUUUAGCGAGGAUCGUCGGAGCUCGGCUAAGCGCACAACCUAACUUGUAUAUAUUUUUCCUUCUUAAAGCUUGUACUGGAUUGAAACCCUGCAUCUCGUUGAUAUUCACUUAUAGUACAUCCCUGGAUCCCUCGUAGGUACAGCCAAGCCGACGCUCUCAAAUACGUGGGGAUAGAGAGGGAGAUCGACAUGGUCUGAGUUUCCCCACCUGCCGCCUUUCCUGCCCACAAUGCACCUCUCCCGACUCAGGACUGCGGUUCUAUCAUGUGGUUGCCUGGAUACAUCUUCAGUAACAAGAAAGGAUUCUGUGAUGUCAUAACAUUACCAUAAUGGUAUGAUAUCAAAGAAUCGUCAUAGGUCAUAGAUUAAAAAAAAAAACCUUUCUUUAUGUAAACAUGGGGUUAAUUGGAUUGUCCGAACUCGCGUGUUUGUUGGGGUGUCAAAUACAAGAAAAGAUGCUAGUGUUCUUACUAGAAAUCGUUCAAUAAAUUUUAAGAAAAUAAUAUUUUAUACAAUAGAGAACAAGCUAACCAUGUUAGCUUAUUCGGCGAGCUAAUAUGCUAACAUUCCCAGCUUAACCUGACAGAAAGCACAGGAAUGCUAAACCCCGCAAAUCUCCAGACAUCAGUUACACAUAACUAAAUGUGCUAACAUGAACAGAUUCUAUUAUGCUAGCAGCAUAUAGGCCAGUACAGGAACUAGAAAAUUAUGCUGUUUUACUAACACAAAUGCCUCGCGUUCUAUUAAGAACAUUAGCUAGUCGUGAAAGGUAGCACCAGCUACACAGCUAGCAUGUGGAUGAUUAGCAAAGUCAUUUGGGAAUAUUUGUAUCUCAUGUCAACUUACAGCGAUGACAUGGGAUGAGUUAUCAUUCUGAAAAGAAAAAAAAAAGAAUAAAACACACCUCAGAUAGCCGUAUCCUUUCCAUUACUCGCGUUUUUGUAUUUUUUUUCCUGACAAGAAAGCGUCGAAAGCUGCUAGUUUGGCUAAUCUGGAGCAGUUCUUCACUUCAGUUAACCUUUUCACGUUGUGGUAAAAAUCUGUCCACGAGUUUCUGAGUAACCGUUUUAGCCUCCUUAUAUACGCUACAUAAUGUAUAGCUGCAAACUAGGAGACAUAUUUAUGGUCGCUGUUAGUUUGGGUCAGUUUAUUCACACGGAAUAUGAACGAACUUCACGUCCGCAGUAACGUAAUGCGGUGUACUGUAACGUUAGCUUGUUGCUCUAAACUGCAAAGCUUUGCUACUUUGACAUUCAGGCUAUUAUUUUAUCUUUUUAAAUGUUUCUGCAACACUGUUUAUGCCAUCUCAUAACCGCAGAUGCUAAUCUUUUGCUAAUCCCCGGCUAUUCCAGCGCUAAGCAUUUCAGCUGUGGCUAACUAUGUAGCACAAACCAAUGCUAAUUAGUAGGAGAGAUACUAGAAACAGUCGCAACAGGGAUCCGCAGGGUUGCCAGGUCUUAGCAUAAAUCUCCUAAAUUAAUAAAUGACUUAAUAAAUGCUCCAGAAUUGACCUGAACGUGUGAAAGAAAUCAGGAAUUGGAAUCAGAAAACAUUUCUUUUAUUCAGUAUAAUACAAAACACCUUUUUUAUCACAUUUUCCUCUCCAUAAUCCCCCUUUCUUUGCAAUAUAUCUUAUAAAAGAAAAAUAGUUCUGUGUAUUUUAGAUACGCUUAUAUUUCAUUUGUAAUUAGAUUUAGUUACCAUUAGAUGCUUUUAAACAGAAGGGGGGAAAUAAACCUGCACAUGUUUAAAAAAUUAUGAUUCUGGCAACCCUGGGUAUCCAUUAUAUAUCAUUUAGUCAUCUGGAAUCCUGUACCAAGAAGCAAAAAAAAAUAAACCAUACAAGCCGGCAGAGUGAAUGUUGCACUUCGAGUCAAUGAUGAAGGAAUAAAUGUGCGCAAUUCAUUCAUUUGUUUGUUUGUUUGUUUGUUUGUUUGUUUGUUUGUUUAAUCCCGUUUUUAUGGAUUAAAUAACGAGCUAAACCAAACUAAAUCCACCAUAAACACUAGCGUGUUUUCCAGACGGAGGAUUUGAGAGAGCUGCGAUUACGUUAUUAGCCGCAUUAGAAUUUCCGCAUGAGAAAGAAGUGAGAAGAAUGACGCGUAAUGCUUUAUUGUGUUAAUGACAGAAUUAGCUUAAUCCUUUUAGCCACAAAUAAUCUCCUCAAAUCUUCCGUCAAAGGAACCUAACGUCACGUGCUGAUUUUAUUUUAUUUUAUUUUUUUUUACAUGCGGUUGUUUUUAGCCUCACACACGUCAGCCACAUGCUAAAUCAUGAAAGAAUAACGCAGGAUGAAAAUCGUACAUACAAGUUCUUUGUUUUCACUUUUUUAUUAUUAGUAUUAUUUCCAUUAUGUUUAUGUACAUUAUAUGGGUCAAAGAUAUCACUUUAGGAAAGUUUUUUUUUUUUUUUCUAAAAUGUUAAAUUCCAAAUUAUUAACAUGCAUAAAUAUUACAAUGCCUCCACAUGCUAUCGGAAUUAUCGUAAAUACGAGUUUCCCACUAGGAAAUUGCACACGAAUGACCCCUCGAGUCGUAGUUGCGACAUUUUGAUCCCCGAGUUUCCAAGUACUAAAAUUUCCAACAUGGCGGAUUAGAGCUGUGUUUCUGUCCUGAAUAGCUGUUCAUUUUUUAUAAACACAUGUAAUUGUUAUCGCUUUGGUUCUGUUCAUUUGUAUAUUAUGUAGAGUUGAGGUCAUACGUUUACACUCCUUAUGCAAAAUGUUAAUCAUUUAAAAGAAAUAAGAAGCAUAACAUUAAAUUGAGAUAAAGUUCAGCCCUGAAUAAGCUAGUUCACAUUUACAUCUAGUCACAAUUAUUCAAUUUAUAUAUAUAUAUAUAUAUAUAUAUAUAUAUAUAUAUAUAUAUAUAUAUAUAUAUAUAUAUAUAUAUAUAUAUAUGCAUCUCCUCUCUUUUUUAUACACCGACCAGGCAUAACAUUAUGAUCACCUGGACACCCUGACUGGUCAGCAACAAAAUGUGAUGCACUGUGUAUUCUGACACCUUUCAUUUAGAACCAGCAUUAACUUCUUCAGCAAUUCUUCAGCUCCCCACGUGCAUCAAUGAGCCUUGACCGCCCAUGACCCCUGUCGCUGGUUCACCACUGUUCCUUCCUUGGACCACUUUUGAUAGAUACUGACCACUGCAGACUGGGAACACCCCACAAGAGCUGCAGUUUUGGAGAUGCUCUGAUCCAGUCGUCUAGCCAUCACAAUUUGGCCCUUCGUCAAACUCGCUCAAAUCCUUACGCUUGUCCAUUUUUCCUGCUUCUAACACAUCAACUUUGAGGACAAAAUGUUCCUUUGCUGCCUAAUAUAUCCCACCCACUAACAGGUGCCAUGAUGAGGAGAUCAUCAGUCUUAUUCACGUCACCUGUCAGUGCUCACAAUGUUAUGGCUGAUCGGUGUACUGUUGUUGUUAUCUGUUCUUCAGUUCUUCAGAAAAAGCCUUCAGGCCCUGAACAUUUUUGCUUUUCCAGCAUCUUCUGUUUAUUUGACCUUUUUCCAACAGAGGCUGGACGAUUUUAAGAUCCAUCUUUUCACACUGAGCGACUCCAAAAUGUGCCAACAAAAGGGGGGGUGUAAACUUUUUAAACAGGAUGGUCGGUGUAAAUUGUUAUAAUUUUGCUUUAAGAUCUUAUUUUCCAUGUAGUACUGCCCUUCAGAAGCUACACAUGUUUCCCAGCACACAAAAUAAAAAUUAUUUACAAUUUACAAUCAUCUUGUUGCACAUGUUGGACAUUUUUACAUCUUGGAAAUAGCUUGACCUUAAUUCCGUUAUCGUCAGCAAGCAGCAUCAGGAGUAAUAUGUGUUAUGGUGGCAAAAAAAAUGUCGUUAUCCAUGUUUUAUGUUCUUUCCGACAGCGAAGAACGUGAACAUGACUUACUCGUAAUUACUAGCAGGAAAUAGGAUAAUUCCGAUUGCACAUGAAGGCAGCAUGCUCAACAUCAUUCUAUUUCAUAACUGGUUUUAAAUGGAGGAAAAAUCUCGUAUUUGCUCGACUUGUGCAUCCUUAUGUCCAGUCUGGAAUCUCACCGACAUCCUGAUCCGAUUUGUUCUCAAAUAGAUUAAAUAAAAGUGUGCUUUCAUUCAUUCAUUUAGAACACUAUCUAUUUGUUUUGAAUCAUAUAUUCAUUUAGUACAGAAUCUCUCAGUUUUUUGGCCCAUAUAUAACAUCAUCAGCCUUGAUUUCACGUUUUGAAUCCGACUUCUUACGGAAUUCCCUUUCGUUUCGGAACGCCGUGGUGGUUUCCUUCGGAAGUCCGAGAAUUCCUGAUUUUGUUUUCUUUCCCAUCAUGAUCAUAAGGAGCGAAAUGACAGAAUACAGGAUUCUUCCAUUUCUCUUUUUUUUUUUUUUUUGCUAAUCUUAUAGGAAAAAGUUAUAGGAAAGUUUUUUUCUUGCAAUUUCAUUUUAUAACCAAAAUAUUAAUGUGCUUAAAAAUAAAAGAAAGGAUGCGAAAGGUCACAGUUAUGACCUCUGUUGCUAUCGGUACUAUCGGUACUAUCGGUACUCAGCAAUGACACGAGCUAACAGAAAUAUUAGGAAAUCAUCACAGUCACAAUCCAUCUAUUUUUGUUGUUUGUCUUACAAGGUUGUGUUCAUUUAAUGAUCACUUUAUAUUCUUUUUUUUCCCCUGCGUUCACGUUCUGAAGAAGCCUUCCCAUUUCAGUAGGUGCCAAAUAUUCGGAAUUUUGUCAUCUUUCAUUUUUGGAACGGAUUACAUCUCUGUACGUUUUAUUCCACACUUCCCUUUUCAUUUAAAAUAUAUUCUAUACGUACAACGAUUAAAACAGUUACAUACCGAUAUCCUAAAGACUGUGGAGACUGAAACGUAUCGUAUGAUAAUAUUUCUCUACUACGUGUAUGCGGUCGGUUGCUUACGCCAACUUCCUCUUUAUUGAAAUGAGAGCUCUGUGAGGUGACUGAAAUGCCAUGGAAGUUAGACGUGUAUGUAAAAGCGAGCAAGUCUGUGUAUGGAAAAUAAAUUUAUAACUGAAAUUUU